CCUGCACAGCCAGCAACAGCUUCCUCACCAUGAAGCUGCUGAUGGUCCUCACACUAGCCGCCCUCCCCCUCUGCUGCUCUGCAGGGUCUGGCUGUCAACUUCUCGAGGAUGUGAUUUACAAUGUGAUCAAUUCCGGGGUGUCUACAGCUCAACUGAAACAAUCUAUUCAACAGUUCAUACCAGAUAACGCCACUGCCAACGCCGUAGAUGAAUUCAAACAGUGCUUCCUCCAGCAAUCAAAUGACACUCUGAGCAAUAUACAAAACCUGAUGGAGAGAAUCUAUGGCAGCUUUUGGUGUAAGGCGUAUUAACUUUCCACAGGACCCUGGGCUCAGACUAUGGUCAGAAACCAACUGCCGAUUGCUUUUCUUUCUUAUUUUGUCAUUUUAUCUAUAAACUGCAAGACAAUUGUUGAAACCUCAA